CGCUGCGCGGGCGGCGGGCGGGGCGGGCGCGGCGCUGUGCUGCGCCCGGCGGCGGUGGCGGCGGCGGCGGCUGCGGCGGCGGCGACGACGACAGCAGGUGCUAUACGUGGCCUGGUGCUCUCCCAGCUGCCCACCAUGGCCCGCUGGCUGCCCAGCACCGCAGGGCUGGCUCGCCUCUGCCACAGGCUGAACCGGCUGAAGCCCCUGGAGGAGUCCACCAUGGAGACAUCGUUGAGGCGCUGCCUGUCCACCCUGGACCUCACCCUGCUGGGCGUGGGCGGCAUGGUGGGCUCUGGCCUCUACGUGCUCACGGGCACUGUGGCCAAGGAGAUGGCAGGUCCUGCCGUCCUGGUGUCCUUUGGGGUGGCUGCAGUGGCCUCCUUGCUGGCCGCCCUGUGCUAUGCUGAGUUCGGGGCGCGCGUGCCCCGCACGGGCUCUGCCUACCUGUUCACCUACGUGUCCAUGGGUGAGCUGUGGGCCUUCCUUAUUGGCUGGAAUGUGCUCCUGGAGUAUCUCAUCGGCGGUGCCGCGGUGGCUCGGGCAUGGAGCGGCUACCUGGAUGCCAUCUUUAGCCACCGCCUGCGCAACUUCACUGAGGUCCAUGUGGGCGUGUGGCAGGUGCCCUUCCUGGCCCACUACCCAGACUUCCUGGCCGCUGGCAUUCUGCUCGUAGCCUCCGCCUUUGUCUCCUGUGGAGCCCGUGUUUCUUCCUGGCUCAACCACACCUUCUCAGCCAUCAGCCUGGUUGUCAUCCUCUUCAUCAUCGUCCUGGGAUUCAUCCUGGCCCGCCCACACAACUGGAGCGCUGAGGAAGGUGGCUUUGCGCCCUUUGGCUUUUCGGGCAUCAUGGCGGGCACCGCCACCUGCUUCUACGCCUUCGUGGGCUUUGAUGUCAUUGCCGCCUCCAGUGAGGAAGCUCGGAACCCUCAGCGGGCCGUGCCUCUGGCCAUCGCCAUCUCCCUGGGCCUGGCGGCAGGGGCCUACAUCCUCGUGUCCACCGUGCUGACCCUCAUGGUGCCCUGGCACAGCCUGGACCCUGACUCUGCGCUUGCCGAUGCCUUCUACCGGCGGGGCUACAGCUGGGCUGGCUUCAUCGUGGCAGCGGGCUCCAUCUGCGCCAUGAACACCGUCCUGCUCAGCAACCUCUUCUCCCUGCCACGCAUCGUCUAUGCCAUGGCUGCCGAUGGGCUCUUCUUUCAGGUGUUUGCCCAGGUGCACCCCCGGACACAGGUGCCCGUGGUGGGUAUCCUGGUGUUUGGGGUUCUCAUGGCCCUGCUGGCGCUGCUGCUGGACCUGGAGGCGCUGGUGCAGUUCCUGUCCAUCGGCACGCUCCUGGCCUACACCUUUGUGGCCUCCAGCAUCAUUGUGCUCCGCUUCCAGAAGGCGCCUCCAUCCAGUUCUCCGGGUCUGGCCAGCCCCGGCCCCAUGACCAAGGAGUACAACUCUUUCUCUGACCACAUCCAGCUGGUGGAUUCGGAGGCGCCUGAGCCCGGGCAACUCCGGCCAGCUCUGAGGCCCUACCUGAGCUUCCUAGGUGCGUGUGGCCCUGGCGUGGCUGUGGCAUGGGCCCUUGGCAUCCUGGUGGCCUCCGCCAUCACCCUGGGCUGUGUCCUGGUCUUCGGCAAGUCCACUCUGCACCUCCCAUACUGGGCCUACACCCUGCUACUCCUGCUCAGCGUGACCGUGUUUCUGCUCAGCCUCCUUGUCCUCGGGGCCCACCAGCAACAGCGUCAAGAGGACACCUUUCAGAUCCCCUUUGUGCCGCUGCUUCCGGCCCUGAGCAUUCUCCUCAACAUCUGCCUCAUGCUGAAGCUGAGCUACCUGACCUGGCUGCGCUUCUCCAUCUGGCUGCUGAUUGGACUCGUGGUCUAUUUUGGCUAUGGCAUCAGGCACAGCAAGGAGAACCAGCGGGAGUGGCCGGGGCUCACUGACUCCCGCUAUGUGGUUUUCCCCGACGGAAGCCUGGACGAGAGCGUGCAAGCCGUGCAGCCGCCCAGCCAGGCAACGGCCCAGGAGCCUGACAGUGUGGAGCAGCCUCCCUGUCCAUGAGGAUGUCCGGGAGCCCCCUCAUCCCUGGUGGCUCAGGUGCUGGCGGCGGAGGAGGCUGGAACCAGGCAGAGUGGGCGGAAGCCGGUGCAGACAGCUGAUGAGAGGGCGCCCCCGGGAAUUCUGCAGCCUUCGAGGUGCUUCUCCAGACGCAGAGGCAGUGGUGCCCGCCUGGAUCAGCACUUGCAAUGUGGCGGGCCCCGACUCCCCCUUGUUCAAGGCACCUGCUGCACUACAGGUCUCUGCACAAAUCUGGCUCUGUUGCUACCCGGGCAGCACCCCAGAAAGGGCCAGCAGCCACCUGGGAGCGGACAGAGCAUAUCUGGGAGUGAAGGGUGGAUCCCGGAGCACCCUUCCCCUGUUGGGGCUAUGUCUGUCAGAUCACAAAAGGUAGGGUUCCCCCACCUCAUCUUCCCAUGCCUGUCCCCCAACAGUGGCCACUGAGGGGCCCCAGAGCCCGGGAAGGCCCAUCCACACUUGUGCACCAGUGCUCAACUACCAGCAGUUACCAGCAGCAGCAGCAGCAAUGGGGCC